GUAUUUCCCAGCCAAGAUCCACUGGACAGAGCAGAUUUCAACGCUGUGGAGUAUAUUAAUACUCUCUUUCCCACUGAGCAAUCUUUGGCAAACAUCGAUGAAGUUGUGAACAAAAUCAGAUUGAAAAUAAGGAGGUUGGAUGACAACAUUCGAACUGUAGUGAGAGGACAGACCAACGUGGGACAGGAUGGCAGGCAGGCCCUGGAAGAAGCCCAGAAAGCCAUUCAACAGCUCUUUGGUAAAAUUAAGGACAUUAAAGACAAGGCUGAGAAGUCUGAACAAAUGGUUAAAGAAAUCACACGGGAUAUCAAGCAGCUGGAUCAUGCCAAGCGUCAUCUGACCACCUCCAUCACCACCCUCAAUCACCUGCACAUGCUGGCGGGGGGUGUGGAUUCACUGGAGGCUAUGACCAGGAGGAGACAAUAUGGGGAAGUUGCCAACCUUCUCCAAGGUGUCGUGAAUGUGUUAGAGCACUUCAACAAAUACAUGGGGAUUCCUCAGAUUCGACAGCUUUCUGAAAGGGUGAAGGCAGCGCAGAACGAAUUGGGACAGCAGAUCCUGGCUGACUUCGAGGAAGCCUUUCCUUCUCAAGGUACAAAGAGGCCUGGUGGACCCAGCAAUGUCCUACGUGAUGCAUGUCUAGUCGCCAAUGUCCUGGAUCCCAGAAUCAAACAGGAAAUCAUCAAGAAAUUUAUUAAACAACACCUCUCAGAGUAUCUGGUCCUUUUCCAGGAAAACCAAGAUGUGGCCUGGCUGGAUAAGAUUGACAGGCGCUAUGCUUGGAUAAAGCGUCAGCUGGUGGACUACGAGGAGAAGUACGGGCGCAUGUUUCCCCAGGAGUGGUGCAUGACGGAGCGCAUCGCUGUGGAGUUCUGCCACGUCACGAGGACAGAGCUUGCUAAGAUAAUGCGCACAAGAGCAAAAGAGAUUGAGGUGAAAUUGCUUUUGUUUGCAAUUCAGAGGACAACCAACUUUGAAGGACUUCUGGCUAAACGCUUCUCAGGUUGCACUCUAGCUGAUGGGACAGUGAAGAAGCCAGAGGUGCCACCGCCCUCCACCAACCCAUUUCUGGAGGAUGAAAGUGGGACAGAGACAGAUGAGAUUGUGAUCGAGAAAAGUGAUACAGACAAACCAAAGAAGCCAAAGGUCCCUGACAAUCCUUUUCAUGGCAUUGUUUCCAAGUGCUUUGAGCCUCACCUUUAUGUGUAUAUCGAGUCCCAGGACAAAAAUCUCGGUGAACUGAUUGACAGGUUUGUGGCUGACUUCAAGGCUCAAGGUCCCCCCAAGCCCAACGUGGACGAAGGAGGAGCCGUCCUGCCCAGCUGUGCCGACCUCUUUGUGUACUACAAGAAGUGCAUGGUGCAGUGCUCCCAGCUCAGCACAGGCGAGCCAAUGAUAGCCCUGACCACCAUAUUCCAGAAGUACCUUCGGGAAUACGCCUGGAAAAUUCUGUCUGGAAACCUGCCCAAGACAACUAGCAGCAGUGGUGGGCUCACCAUCACUAGUUUGCUGAAAGAAAAGGAAGGCUCUGAAGUGGCUAAGUUUACUUUAGAAGAACUCUGCCUCAUUUGCAGCAUCCUUAGUACUGCAGAGUACUGCUUGGCAACCACCCAGCAGUUGGAAGAGAAACUCAAAGAAAAAGUGGAUGCAAGUCUAGUGGAGAGAAUCAACCUGACGGGAGAGAUGGACACUUUCAGCAUUGUGAUCUCCAACAGCAUACAGCUGUUAGUGCAGGACCUGGAUGUAGCCUGUGACCCUGCCCUGACUGCUAUGAGCAAGAUGCAGUGGCAGAACGUGGAACACGUUGGUGACCAGAGUCCUUAUGUCACCUCAGUGAUUCUCCACAUUAAACAGAACGUCCCCAUCAUCCGUGACAAUCUGGCCUCCACAAGAAAGUAUUUCACUCAGUUCUGUAUAAAAUUUGCAAACUCCUUCAUUCCCAAGUUCAUUAACCAUCUCUUCAAGUGCAAACCUAUUAGCAUGGUGGGCGCAGAACAGCUGCUGCUGGACACUCACUCUCUGAAGAUGGUUCUCCUGGAUCUGCCCUCCAUUGGGUCCCAAGUGGUGAGGAAGGCUCCUGCCAGCUACACGAAGAUAGUGGUGAAAGGCAUGACUCGGGCUGAAAUGAUCCUGAAGGUGGUUAUGGCUCCGCACGAGCCCCCGGUUGUGUUUGUCGACAAUUACAUCAAGCUCCUUGCUGACUGCAGCACCGACACUUUCCAGAAGAUACUAGACAUGAAGGGCCUGAAGAGGAGCGAGCAAAGCAGCAUGCUGGACCUCUUCCGCCAGCGCCUCCCAGCUCCCCCCUCCGGCGUGGAGAACACCGGCUCCCUCUCACUGAGUGCUCCUACACCCGAGCAGGAGUCCUCUCGGAUACGGAAACUGGAAAAACUCAUCAAAAAAAGACUCUAAGUGAGCAGAAGGAAGGAAACUCCAUGGCUCAGGACUAGCUGCAAUGACAGGGAGCAAAGCUCGUUAGACUUAUGAUUUACAGUAUGCUGCUGAAAAAUCUGUGUCCCAUCACUCCCAUGCCCUCUGAUCUCUU